AUACCAAUUAACAAAUAAAGGUUAGAAAAUCUACAAACCUGGAAACUGUUGAGCUAUACAGCUAGCUCUCUAUAAAUUGUCACCAAGUCAGUGGCAGCUAUGGAGAGUCCAACAGUUGCUGCUCUUGCAGAUGAUAUAGACUUGGAGAUUGUCAAUCUGACAACAAUCCACUCAAUCCAAGUCAAGAACACACCUCUAAGGAUGGUUGUGGCAAUCUCCUGUGCCCUAUCUAUCAUUGGAUCCCUUCUCAUAAUAUUCUCUUAUAUAUGCUUCAAGAAGAGAAGGACCAAAGCUCGUGAGAUUCUGGUACACAUCUCCCUCAUGGACCUUGGAGUGGCGCUAGCCAACAUCAUCGGCGUGUCCGUUUAUUUUGACCAAUACUAUUUUAUCUAUACCAACAACAUACCCCACUACAUUGACAAUCUUUGCAAGGCACAAGCAUUCUUUGCAGGAUACUCGACAUUGGGCUCUGUGUUUUGGACUGUGUCUUUGAUGGCAUACCUUUACUUCCGAAUAAUUCACAGUCACACCAAGCACGCACUGUAUUUCCUUCGGUUUUGCUAUGGAUUUUGCUAUGGCUUUCCACUGCUAAUUUCUCUGUGGUUGGUGCUAACUGGACGAUUGGGCUACUCCCCGUAUGACUCUGCUGGCUGGUGCACUCUAAUCACUAAAGACCCGCUAAAAAACGGAGAGGUCGAUAUCUUCAUAACUCUGUUUGGGAAUGAGCUAUGGAUCUACUUGGCCUUUAUCCUCAUACCAAUAUUGUACAUUUCCAUACGGCUCUUCGUCUACAAUAAGGUUGAGGCAACAAAGAAGUAUGCCAAUGAGACACAAAUUUGGUCAGCUCUUCAAAAUGUCGACUACAAGUUUCUUUUCAUUCCAAUCAUUUUUGUCAGCCUUCGAAUAUGGACUUGCAUUAUCAUAUGGAUAACAGAUUUUGCCAAAGUGAAAUUGAAGGAAGACGAAUGGUACACCGAACUAUUGUACUAUCUAUCGGGCAUAGGAGACUCUAGUCAAGGCUUUGCUAACGCCAUCCUGUUUGUUAUAUUUUCGAAGAAUGUAAGAGAAAGCUUCAAAAAGUGCAUACAAUGCAAGAGCUCGCAAAGGAGCUUGAUUAUUAACGCUGGUGAUGAGUCGGGGGAGAGCUCAAGGAUGUUAGAACCCUCCAGAGACUCAGACUAUGAGGCUACCACCACUAACAGUGAUGAAGAGAGAGAAUAUAACAAAGAAAAAGCAUCACAUAACUAUGAAACACUAUAAACUAAUUCUCACCUUGUUUUUUAACUAUUUAAAUGAGCUUUUUUUUAAUAAAUAUACAUGUACAGUAAUAUAAUUUAUAUGGAAUUUGUAAAAAUUAUACCAUCUAUUGUUUGUUAUCAGUACGUUUGGGGCCUAA